AUUUGGCGUUUCCAGUGUGAAGACCAAUUAAAGUUUCUCGUGCGUUUGUCGUUUAUUUUGGGUGUGCUAGUGUCAACCGAUUUUUGUCGGUUAGUUCUACGAAUUUUUUUUUCCUGUGCUUAAUCAAACGAUUCCGCUUUCAAGUGUUCAUAAAUUAACUAAUAAACGUUCCUUCAACCGGAGAUCAUCAAGAUGAGUCCGCCCCAACUGCUGAGCAAGGACUCCCCCGACAUUGAGGACCUGCUGUCGCUGAACCCGCGCGUGAAGACGCAGUGCUCGGUGGUGCCCACCAAGCAGACGAAGGAGAACAAGCGGCACUGGAAGCGGAACAGCGACCAUGCCGCUCCGCCGUGCACCACGCUGGCCAACGACUUCUCGGACAUCAAGCACACCACGCUGUCGGAGCGCGGCGCCCUGGAGGAGGCGGCCCGUUGCCUGAAGUGCGCCGAUGCCCCAUGCCAAAAGUCCUGCCCCACGCAGCUGGACAUCAAGAGCUUCAUCACGAGCAUUGCCAACAAGAAUUUCUACGGCGCUGCCAAGGCGAUCUUCUCGGACAAUCCGCUGGGCCUGACCUGCGGCAUGGUCUGCCCCACCAGCGAUCUCUGCGUGGGCGGUUGCAAUCUGCAGGCCUCCGAGGCGGGCGGCAUCAACAUUGGCGGCCUGCAGCAGUUCGCCACCGAGGUGUUCAAGAAGAUGGGCGUGCGCCAGAGGCGCUCGCCGCAGGCGGAGGCCAAUCCGCUGCUGGAGAAGAUCGCCCUGGUGGGCGGCGGACCGGCCUCGUUGUCCUGCGCCACCUUCCUGGCCCGCCUGGGCUACCGCAAUGUGACCAUCUACGAGCGGAGGAGCUACCUGGGUGGCCUGAGUGCCGCCGAGAUCCCCCAGUAUCGGCUGCCCAUCGAUGCGGUCAACUUUGAGAUCGAUCUGGUCAAGAAUCUGGGCGUGCGCAUUGAAACUGGUCGCUCGCUGAGCACCAAGGAUCUGACCAUCCAAGGACUACUCGCCGACGGCCAUGAUGCGAUCUUCGUGGGCAUUGGCCUGCCGGAGCCCAAGUUGAAUCCCAUUUUCGCCGGUUUGGAGCCCAGCAAUGGCUUCUACACGUCCAAGAACUUCCUGCCCCUGGUGUCCGAUGGCUCCAAGCCGGGUCUGUGUGCCUGCAAGGCGGCCGCCGGUCUGCCCAAGCUCCAUGGCAAUGUCAUCGUUUUGGGCGCCGGAGACACAGCCUUCGAUUGUGCCACCUCCGCCCUGAGAUGCGGUGCCCGUCGCGUCUUCGUCGUCUUCCGCAAGGGAUCCUCGGGUAUCCGUGCGGUGCCCGAGGAGGUGGAGCUGGCCAGGAAUGAGCGAUGUGAGCUGCUGCCCUACUUGAGUCCCCGCAAGGUGAUCGUCAAGGAGGGCCUAAUCACUGGCAUGGAGUUCUGUCGCACCGAGCAGAAUGACAAGGACGAGUGGGUGGAGGAUGAGGAGCAGACGCAGAGGCUGAAGGCCAACUUUGUGAUCUCAGCCUUUGGAUCCGGUUUGGAGGACCAAGAUGUCCGGGAGGCCCUUGCUCCCCUGCAAUUCCGUGGUGAAUUGCCCGUGGUGGACAGGAUAACCAUGCAGAGCAGCCAGAAGCAGGUGUUCCUGGGCGGAGAUCUGGCCGGAGUGGCCAACACCACGGUGGAGUCGGUCAACGAUGGCAAGGUGGCCGCCUGGAGCAUUCACUGCCAGCUGCAGGGCCUUCCGCUGGACACCCCAGCCGCCCUGCCGCUCUUCUACACGGACAUCGAUGCCGUGGACAUAUCGGUGGAGAUGUGCGGCCUCCGGUUCGAGAAUCCCUUCGGCCUGGCCUCCGCUCCGCCCACCACCAGCACGGCCAUGAUCCGGCGCGCCUUCGAGCAGGGCUGGGGCUUCGUGGUCACCAAGACCUUUGGCCUGGACAAGGAUCUGGUCACCAAUGUGUCGCCGCGCAUCGUCCGGGGCACCACCUCGGGCUACAAGUACGGGCCGCAGCAGGGCUGCUUCCUCAACAUCGAGCUCAUCUCGGAGAAGCGGGCCGAGUACUGGCUGCGCUCCAUUGGCGAGCUCAAGCGUGACUUUCCCGAGAAGAUCGUGAUAGCCAGCAUCAUGUGCAGCUUCAACGAGGAGGACUGGACUGAGCUGGCCAUCAAGGCGGAGCAAUCCGGUGCCGAUGCCCUCGAGUUGAACCUCUCCUGUCCCCAUGGCAUGGGUGAGCGCGGAAUGGGUCUGGCCUGUGGCCAGGAUCCGGAGCUGGUGGAGCAGAUCUCGCGCUGGGUGCGACGGGCGGUCAAGCUGCCCUUCUUCAUCAAGCUGACGCCCAACAUUACGGACAUCGCCUCCAUUGCCGAGGCGGCGCAGCGGGGCGGUGCCGAUGGUGGAUCGGCCAUCAAUACGGUCCAAGGACUGAUGGGCCUGAAGGCGGAUAGCACCGCAUGGCCGGCGAUUGGCAAGGAGCAGCGCACCACCUAUGGCGGCGUCUCCGGCAACGCCACUCGUCCCAUGGCCCUGAAGGCCAUCUCCGACAUUGCCAGACGUGUGCCCGGAUUUCCCAUCCUCGGCAUCGGCGGCAUCGACUCCGGUGAGGUGGCCCUGCAGUUCAUCCAGGCGGGCGCCACUGUCCUGCAGAUCUGCUCCUCCGUCCAGAACCAGGACUUCACCGUCAUCGAGGACUACUGCACGGCACUGAAGGCCCUGCUCUACCUCAAGGCCAAUCCGCCGCCAGUCGACGGACCCUUCUGGGACGGUCAAUCGCCACCGACUCCUGUUCACCAGAAGGGCAAGCCGGUGGUCCGUCUCACGGGCGAGGGCAAUGCCACGCUGGGAUUCUUUGGUCCCUACCAGCGGCAGCGGGACCUCAAGCUGGCCGAUCUGCGCCGGCAGCAGGGAGCCCUCUGGGAUGCCGAGCAGGUGAAGAGCACUCCGCCGGCGGAGGAUGGAGCCCCCAAGCCGGCGCCCAGGAUCAAGGACGUCAUCGGCGCCGCACUGGACAAGAUUGGGUCGUACAACCAGCUGGACAACAAGCAACAGAAGGUGGCGCUGAUCGACGAUGACAUGUGCAUCAACUGCGGCAAGUGCUAUAUGACGUGCGCCGACUCCGGCUACCAGGCCAUCGAGUUCGACAAGGACACCCACAUUCCGCACGUGAACAACGAUUGCACGGGCUGCACACUCUGCGUAUCCGUGUGUCCCAUCAUCGACUGCAUCACCAUGGUGCCCAAGAAGAUCCCGCACGUGAUCAAGAGAGGAGUCGAGGAGAAGACCUUCUACACCCAUGCCCUUAGCCAGUGCCAGUAAAUUUGCAUAGUUUUACGAUAAAUUGUUAUUACAUACGAUCUAUAUAAUUGAAUAAAAUACCACACAUGUCCCAAAAGCAA